AUGAUCAAGUCCCUUCAUUCCUUCAUCAUUGCCGUGAUCAUCAUCAGUGUUGUUCAGAACGGAAGUCUUCUUGUCAAGGCUCAAACUCCUCUUCCAUCUUGUGCUUCCGUCGGUGUAACAAGUCAAUUCACAUGCAGCACUCAGUGUACUGAAAAGGGCGAUGCGCUUUUGUUGUUUCGUGGCGCCAACGGUUCAAACGAAUGCUCUUGUAGCACAGGCGGCAAAUAUUGUGACGAUGACCCAUCUUGUGCCGACCUCUUGAUUUUUCCCGGAUCCGCUCAGCAAGGCUGCAGAUCCGUUUGCGCCUCGGGUACCACUGUCCAAGCCGAAGAUUCCGUCCGAUAUGCAACUGCUACCAGUGCAACUCCAGACCAAGCCUACUUUGUCGUCUCCUGCCGCUGCAGUGGAGUGGAGCAAUGCAGCGACUCUAUCUUGUUCUCAGAUCGUGUCGAUUUGCCCGAGUGCGCUGAUGUUUCCAUCACAUCACAGGAAACUUGCCAGGCCAAGUGCGAAUCCUAUGGAAGUUCUUUGUUUUUGGGUUUUGAAUACGAAAGUAAGAAUGGUGGAGAGGUUUCUAUUUGCUCUUGUACAGGUGCGAAUGGAAACACAGCUCAGUAUUGUGAGGAUUUGGAUCGGCGGGCUGUCGUCAACGUCAGUGGUGCUUCAAGCCUCUUUAUAAUGAUGGCAGGAGUCGCCACAUCAUUGUUGGUAGUCAUGGCCAUGAUGAUCUAA